AUGAAUUUCGGCCGCCGCAGGAGCUUCAACUCCAUCGAGGAGGACCGCAUGUCGAACCCGGGCGCGCGCACGCCCCUGCACCAGUACCACGCGCGCUCCGCGGGCGGCCGCUCGCCGGCGCGCUUCAGCAUGUCGUCCGUGCCAGGGGUGGACGUGCCCAUGAGCGGCGGCUGCUCGCCCUGGGUGCAGUCGCCGCUGCACGGCCGCCACAGGUUCCCGCCCUCGCCCGGCGCCAUCUACCACUGCCUCGCCGCGCUGCACCGCUUGGAGAGCGACGUGCACGCGCUGGCCGUCGCCCGGGGCGUCCUGUUCACUGCCUCCGACAGCGGCCGGGUCCGCGCGUGGGCGGCGCCCGAGUGCUGCAACCGCGGCUGCCUCAACGUGGGCCGCGGCCGCGUCCAGGCGCUCGCCGCGUGCGGGGACACGCUCGUCACGUCCCACGGCCGCGACCACCACGUCCGGGUCUGGACCGUCUGCGCCGCCGCCAUCAGCGACCACGUCCGCGCCAAGAAGGCGGCCACCCUCCCGGCCAAGGGCAGUCUCUCCAUCCUCUGCUUCGGCAAGAAGCGCCCGCACCACCACCGCGACACCGUCUCCUGCCUCAUCCUCCACGCCGUCGCGGGCCUCCUCUACACCGCCUCCCACGACCGCACCGUCAAGGCGUGGAAGCUCUCCGACGGCACCUGCAUCGACUCCUUCGUCGCGCACGACGGGCCGAUCAACGCCAUGGUCGUAAACGAGGCCGAGGGGUGCAUCUUCACGGGCUCCAGCGACGGCACCGUAAAGAUGUGGCGCCGCGUCCCCGGCGGCACCGCGCACGCGCUCAUCAUCGUGCUCCGCUCCGAGUCCGAGCUGUCCCCGGUGAACGCGCUCACGCUCUGCCACGCGGGCUCCGGAGCCACGCGCAGGUGCUUCCUGUACGCCGGCUCGUCGGACGGCUACGUCAACGUGUGGGACAAGAAGGCCACCGCGGGGCGGCCGGUGCAUGCGGGGUACCUCAAGGGCCACCGCCUGGCGGUCUACUGCCUGGCCUCCGGCUGCAGCGGGCGGGUGGUCGUGAGCGGUUCGGAGGACGCGACCAUGCGCGUGUGGAGGCGGGAGGGGAAGGGCGGCGGCGCGACACACACGUGCCUGGCCGUGAUCGAGGGCCACCGGAGCCCGGUGCGGUGCCUGACCGUGGGCGACGGCGAAGGCAGUGAGGUGGAGGGCCGCAGCAUGGUGGUGUACAGCGCGGGGCUGGACAAGAGCGUCAAGGUGUGGAGGAUACGGGUGGUGGGGAAGGAGGAGGAGGAGGAGAACGGCGAAGGGGACGCACAGGCCGAGAUAAUAUCUGGGAAUGCCGACGGCGACGCCAUCCCUGUGAGGAACUACUUGGACGACAGCAAGAAGAUGGAGUUCGUGGGGCCGACGCCGGUGCUGUCUCCGUCGUGGGUGGAGAAGCGGAGGCACACCAGCCGUGGGUGA